CUCGCCUGACUCUCCGCGGACUUUGGGCAUCUCUGGGUUGUUUUGGCUUGCCUGCUCUGUUGGCCUUCGGCUGUGAGGGAGAAUCUUUGCCCCGCCCCGCUCGACAUCCUGGCUUGCACCAUGGGCUCUUCCACCUGGCCUCUUCUCCCCUACUUCGCCUCCUUCCUGCUGCUGCCUCCGCUCCACGCCUCAGCUGAGCCCCGACAGCUGUUCCAGGUGCUGGAGGAGCAACCUCCAGGCACCUGGGUGGGCACCAUUGCCACCCGACCGGGCUUCACCUAUCGCUUGAGUGAGCACCAUGCCCUGUUCUCCAUCAAUGCCACUUCAGGAGACCUCCACACCCGUGCCACCAUCGACCGCGAGAGCCUAGCCAGCGAUGUGAUGGAUCUUGUGGUGCUCUCCAGCCAACCGACUUACCCCAGCGAGGUGCGUGUAGUGGUGCUGGACCUGAAUGACAAUGCUCCCGUCUUCCCGGACCCUUCCAUUGUGGUGACCUUCAAGGAGGACACGGGGAGCGGCCGGCAGCUUAUCCUGGACACGGCUACUGAUGCAGACAGUGGGACCAAUGGCGUGGACCACAGCUCUUACCGCAUCGUGGGUGGCAACGAAGAGGGCCGCUUCCGGCUCAACAUCACUCUCAACCCGAGUGGGGAAGGGGCCUUCCUGCACUUGGUCUCUCGUGGCGGGCUGGAUCGAGAGGCCACCCCGGCCUACCAACUGCUGGUGCAGGUGGAGGACAAAGGGGAGCCGCGGAGGCGUGGAUACUUACAAGUCAAUGUCACGGUGCAGGAUAUAAAUGACAACCCGCCAGUCUUUAGCCAGACCCUCUACCAAGCUCGUGUGCCUGAGGAUGCACCUGUCGGGGCCAGUGUCCUGCAGGUGACGGCGGCGGAUGCUGAUGAGGGCACCAAUGCUGACAUCCGCUACCGCCUGGAGGGGGCAGAAAGUGCUGCUGGAGAUGGAACGGGGGCGCUUCCUUUUGAGGUGGACCCAGAAAGUGGGGUCAUCCGGAUCCGGGAGGCGCUGGACUAUGAGUCCCGGCGGCAGUACUCCCUCACCGUCCAGGCUACAGACCGUGGGGUCCCGGCUUUAAGUGGCCGCGCCGAGGCUCUGAUCCGCCUGCUCGACGUGAACGAUAACGAGCCGCGGGUCAAAUUCCGCUAUUUCCCGGCCACCUCCCGCUUUGCCUCUGUGGAUGAGAAUGCGGCACCCGGCACAGUGGUGGCGCUGUUGACUGUGAGUGAUGCCGACUCGCCGGCGGCCAAUGGGAAUAUCUCGGUGUCCAUCUUGGGUGGGAAUGAGCAGCGCCACUUUGAGGUGCAGAGCAGCAAAGUCCCCAACCUGAGCCUUAUAAAAGUGGCCGCUGCUCUCGACCGGGAGCGCAUACCCACCUAUAACCUCACUGUGGCUGUGAUGGACAACUUUGGGGCUCCCCCGCCAUUCCCCAGUGCCCUCCCCUCUGCCCUGAGCCCUGAAGGAGCUGCUCCUGCCCCGGUGAGCCGUUCCUCCGUGGCUAGCUUGGUGAUCUUUGUGAACGACAUCAAUGACCACCCGCCUGUAUUUGGGCAGUCGGUGUACCAAGUGAAUAUCAGUGAAGAGGUGCCACCCGGGAGCUACGUGCAAGGCCUGAGUGCUACGGAUCGUGACUCUGGUCUUAAUGCCAACCUCAAGUAUAGUAUUGUUUCUGGCAAUGAGCUGGGCUGGUUCUGUAUUAGUGAGCACAGCGGCCUAGUCACCACCAAGAGCCUCGACACCAUCAUGGCUAGGCCUCUCCUGGGAGUUUCUGGCCCAAGCACAGCAGCUUCUGCUGGGCUAGACCGGGAGAUUGCUUCCCAGGUAGUGCUAAACGUCAGCGCUCGUGACCAAGGUGUGCAGCCCAAAGUUUCCUAUGCCCAGCUGGUCGUGAAUAUCCUGGAUGUUAAUGAUGAGAGGCCCCGGUUUGGCCAGCCAGAUGGUUAUCAUGUGUCUGUGGCAGAGAAUUCCCCUUCAGGAACUGAGCUGCUAGUUCUCACUGCUGCCGAUGGCGACUUGGGAGAUAAUGGCACAGUGCGCUUCUCCUUGCAAGAGUCUGAGCCAGGAGGGGUGGCGGGUGGUCUGUUGGUCGCUCCGUGGGGUUUUUUCCGCUUGGAUCCUAUAUCAGGCAGGCUCAGCACAAUCUCACAGCUAGAUCGGGAAGAACAGGGGCAAUACACCCUGCAGGUCCUAGCCACUGACCUGGGCUCUCCUCCACUCUCCUCAUUGGCUCAGGUUAACGUCAGCUUGCUUGAUGUGAAUGAUAACAGCCCCCUGUUCUACCCUGUCCAGUACUUUGCCCACAUCCAAGAAAAUGAGCCUGCAGGCAGUUACAUAGCCACUGUGUCUGCCAGUGACCCCGACCUUGGGCUGAAUGGGACCAUCAGGUACAGCAUCUCGGCAGGAGACACCUCCAGGUUUCAGAUUCAUAGCCUGACAGGGGUUAUCACUACCAAAACAGUCCUGGAUAGAGAGGAAAAGACUGCUUACCAGCUGCAGGUAGUGGCCAGUGAUGGUGGCAACCUCCAGUCCCAGAACCAGGCAAUUGUUACCGUCACUGUCUUAGACACCCAGGAUAAUCCCCCAGUGUUUAGCCAGGAUAUCUACAGCUUUGUGGUGUUUGAAAAUGUGGCCUUGGGUUACCACGUAGGCCGUGUUUCCGCUUCCUCUAUGGACCUGAGCACCAACAUCACUUACCUGAUCACCACAGGCGAUCAGAGGGGUAUCUUUGAGAUUCACAAGAUGACAGGCCUGAUCACCACUGCCAGCGUCAUAGACAGGGAAGAGCAGGCCUUUUACCAGCUCAAAGUGGUGGCGAGUGGUGGAACAAUAACGGGGGAUGCUUUGGUCAAUAUAACUGUCAGAGAUUUAAAUGACAAUUCCCCCCACUUCCUGCAUGCAGUGGAAAGUGUGAAUGUGGUUGAGAACUGGAGUACUGGGCAUACCAUCUUCCAAGCCAAAGCAGUUGACCCUGAUGAAGGGGUGAACGGCAAGGUCCGCUACAGCCUUAAGCAAAAUCCCAAGGACCUAUUUAAUGUCGAUGAGCAGAGUGGUGCUGUAAGCCUGACAGGUCCGCUAGACAUAAAUGCUGGGUCUUAUCAAGUGGGGAUUUUGGCCACAGAUUUGGGGGUCCCUCAGCAUUCCUCUAGUUUCAUUUUAACGGUCUCUGUCCAUGAUGUAAAUGACAACCCACCCGUGUUUGAUCAGCUCUCCUACGAAGUCACCAUCUCUGAGCUGGAGCCUGUGAACUCCAGGUUCUUUAGCGUGCAUGCCUCUGACCGAGAUUCAGGCGCAAAUGGAGAAAUAGCUUACGCCAUAAUGGAAGGAAAUACUGGAGAUGCCUUUGGCAUAUUUCCAGAUGGGCAGCUGUAUAUAAAGUGUGAGCUGGAUCGUGAACUUCAGGAAAGAUACACACUACUGGUGGAGGCUUCUGAUAGAGCUGUAGAACCGCUCAGUGCCACUGUAAAUGUCACUGUCAUUCUAGAAGAUGUCAAUGAUAACAGGCCAUUGUUUAACAGUACCAAUUAUGUUUUUUAUUAUGAGGAGGAGCAGAAUGGUGGGUCCUUUGUAGGUAAAAUCAGUGCUGUUGACAAAGACUCUGGGUCAAACGGUGAAGUCAGAUACUCAUUUGAACACAUGCAGCCUGAUUUUGAGUUGAAUGCCAUGAGUGGGGAAAUAACAAGCACUCAUCAGUUGGAUAGGGAAUCCCUUAUGAGGCAGAGGGGAGCAGCUGUGUUUACGCUUACAGUCAUUGCGAUGGAUCAGGGGUUGCCAAAGCCUUUAAGGGACCAGGCAACUGUGCAGGUUUACUUGAAGGAUAUAAAUGAUAAUGCACCCAAGUUUUUAAAAGAACUUUACCAAGCUACAAUAUCAGAACUAGCUGCAAACCUGACACACGUUUUAAGGGUGUCUGCCUCCGAUGUUGAUGAAAGCAAUAAUGGACUGAUCCACUAUUCUGUCAUUAAGGGCAAUGAAGAAAACCAGUUUGCAAUAGACAGUGGCACUGGUCAGGUGACUUUAAUUGGCAAACUGGACCACGAAGCUACUGCUGCUUACUCACUUACCAUCCAAGCAGUAGAUUCUGGGGUGGUUCCCCUAAGCUCUGUUUGUACAUUGAACAUUGACAUACUGGAUGAAAAUGACAACAGCCCUUCCUUUCCCAAGUCAACUUUGUUUGUUGAUGUCUUGGAAAACAUGAGGAUUGGGGAACUUGUGUCUUCUGUUACUGCCACUGAUUCUGACUCGGGGGACAAUGCUGACCUUCAUUAUAGCAUUACAGGAACAAAUAACCACGGGACAUUUAGCAUCAGUCCCAACACUGGCAGCAUUUUCCUGGCCAAAAAGUUGGAUUUUGAAACCCAGUCCAUGUAUAAACUAAACAUCACCGCAAAAGACAAAGGAAGGCCUCCUCAAUCCUCUACCAUGUCCGUUGUAAUAUAUGUCAGGGAUUAUAAUGACAACCCACCCAAAUUCCCACCUGGAGAUAUAUUUAAGUCUGUUGUUGAGAACAUUGCCAUCGGCACCUCAGUCAUUGCUGUAACUGCUCAUGACCCAGAUGCAGAUAUUAAUGGGCAGCUGACCUAUACAAUCAUUCAGCAGAUGCCAAGAGGGAACCACUUCCAUAUCGACGAAGUCAAAGGAACAAUAUAUACCAGUGCCGAAAUAGAUCGCGAGUUUGCUAAUCUCUUUGAGCUAACAGUGAAAGCAACUGACCAGGCUGUCCCUGUAGAAUCUAGAAAGUUUGCUUUGAAGAAUGUGACCAUUUUGGUAACUGACCAGAAUGACAACAUUCCUACUUUUGUAUCACAAAAUGCCCUUGCUGCAGACCCCUCUGUUGUAAUUGGCACAGUUCUAACCACGAUUGUUGCCGCGGAUCCUGAUGAAGGAGCAAACGGGGAGGUGGAGUAUGAAAUAAUUAACGGGGACACAGACACCUUUAUCGUGGAUCGAUACAGUGGGGACCUGAGAGUGUCAACAACCUUAGUGCCAUCUCAGCUUAUGUACAGCUUCAUCGUUGCAGCCACAGAUCUUGGCCCAGAGAGAAGGAAAUCCACCACUGAGAUGACUGUAAUUCUGCAAGGACUUGAUGGGCCUGUUUUCACUCAGCCAAAAUACAUCACCAUUUUAAAAGAAGGUGAGCCUAUUGGGACAGAUGUGAUAUCCAUCGAGGCAGCUAGUCCUAGGGGCACUGAAGCUCUAGUGGAGUAUUUCAUAGUCUCAGUGCGUUGUGAAGACAAAAUGUUUGGCCGACUUUUUACCAUUGGGCGCCACACCGGGGUGAUCCAGACUGCAGCCAUUUUGGACCGGGAACAAGGAGCUCGCCUGUAUCUGGUGGACGUUUAUGCUAUCGAAAAAUCUGCUGCUUUGCCACGAACUCAGAGAGCAGAGGUGGAAAUAACCCUUCAAGAUGUCAAUGACAACCCACCAGUGUUCCCUACAGAUAUGCUUGAUCUGACUGUAGAAGAAAAUAUCGGAGAUGGUUCUAAAAUAAUGCAGCUGACAGCUAUGGAUGCUGACGAGGGUGCAAAUGCUCUGGUAACUUACACCAUCAUCAGUGGUGCAGACGACAGCUUCCAUAUUGAUCCAGAAUCGGGAGAGUUGAUAGCCACCAAGCGUUUGGACCGAGAACGCCGUUCUAAAUAUUCUCUGCUAGUUCGUGCUGAUGAUGGCCUGCAGUCUUCAGAUAUGAGAAUAAACAUAACUAUUAGUGAUGUUAAUGAUCAUAUACCCAAGUUCUCCAAACCUUGCUAUUCCUUUGACAUACCAGAAGAUACCACUCCAGGUUCUUUAGUGGCAGCCAUCUUAGCCACGGAUGAAGAUUCAGGUGUGAAUGGAGAAAUCACAUACACUGUGAGUGAAGACGAUGGAGAUGGAACAUUUUUCCUCCACCCAGUCACUGGAGUUUUUAACUUAACUUGUAUGUUGGACUAUGAAGUCCAGCAAUAUUACAUUCUUUCCGUUCGUGCGGAAGAUGGUGGUGGGCAAUCUUCCACUGUGAGGGCUUAUUUCAACAUACUCGAUGUAAAUGAUAAUUCACCAGUAUUCAGCAUGGCGUCAUAUAGCACAUCUUUGAUGGAGAACCAACCUCCGGGAUCUACUAUCCUUAUUUUCAAUGUUACUGAUGCAGAUGAUGGUUCUAACUCACAAUUGUCCUACAGCAUUACUUCUGGAGAUAGCCAAAGCCAAUUCAACAUCGACAAAAAUGGGAUUCUAAGCACCAGGAAGCCUUUGGACCGUGAAAGCCAAUCUUUCUACAGUCUUACUGUUCAAGUCCAUGAUAUGCUCCUUCCAGCCUCCAGAUACACAAGCACAGCACAAGUGUCUAUCAUUCUGCUAGAUGUGAAUGACAACCCUCCGAGUUUUAUCUCUCCUAAGCUGACCUACAUCCCAGAAAAUACACCUAUUGACACCAUUGUUUUCAAAGCCCAAGCAACGGACCCAGACAGUGGUCCAAACAGCUACAUUGAGUACAAUUUACUAAAUCCUUUGAGAAACAAAUUCAGUAUUGGUACGAUUGAUGGAGAAGUAAGGCUCACUGGAGAACUGGACAGAGAGACAGUUUCUAAUUACACCUUGACUGUAGUUGCCAUGGACAAAGGUCAACCACCUCUUUCUUCAUCUACUGAUGUAGUUGUUAUAGUCCUUGAUAUCAAUGAUAACAAUCCCGUCUUUGCUCAACAAUUAUACAAAGUUGAGAUGCGGAAAUAUUCUACUGGGACAGACGUGGUUCAGGUGGUGCUGCAGAUGGAGACGAGGGUUUCCAAUGGGCAAGUUCGCUAUUCCAUCAUCAGUGGAAAUACUAACAAUGUGUUUCGGAUUGACUCCGUCACAGGGGUAAUAACUGUAGCUAAACCUUUGGACCGAGAGAAGACGCCUUCUUAUGCAUUAACAGUUCAGUCAGCUGAUCGUGGAAGUAGCCCACGGAUUGACACCACUACAGUCAGCAUUAUUCUGAGGGAUGUGAAUGAUUAUAUUCCUACAUUUGAACUCUCCUAUUCUGUAAAUGUCCCAGAAAACUUGGAAACGUUACCAAAGGUCAUUCUCCAGGUUGUAGCAAGGGAUGAUGAUCAAGGCCCAAAUAGCAAAUUGACCUAUCUUCUUAUUGGUGGAAAUGAAGAUGGGGCCUUUACGCUCUCAGCCAUGGGUGAGCUCCACCUUGUGCAGAGCUUGGACCGAGAGAAAAAGGGGCAAUAUAACAUGCUGAUCACAGCGGUAGAUUUCAGUAUUCCUGCCCUAACUGGUACUGGAACUAUUGCUGUCAAAGUAGAUGAUGUCAAUGAUAAUGUCCCCAAAUUUGCCUUUAAUAUGUAUUCCAAAACCAUUCCGGAGGACGCACCCACAGGGACAGACGUUUUGCUUGUAAACUCCUCUGAUUCUGAUGCUUCAGUGAAUGCUAUCAUCAGCUAUAGUCUCAGUGGUGGAAACUCACAGUUCACAAUCAACCCUUCAACCGGGCAGAUCAUCACAAGUGCUCUGUUGGAUAGAGAGGCUAAGGAGAACUACACUUUGAUCGUCGUAGCUAAGGAUGGUGGUUUCCCAAAGGCUCUUUCCAGUUCUACAAGUGUCCUUGUCACUGUUCAAGACGUCAAUGACAAUCCUCCCAAAUUUCAGCACCACCCUUAUGUCACUCAUAUUCCUUCACCAACAAGUUCAGGUACAUUUGUAUUUGCAGUGACAGUUACAGAUGCUGAUGCAGGACCCAAUGCUGAGCUUCACUAUUCCCUUUCGGGGAAGAAUUCCGAAAAAUUCCACAUUGAUCCAUCACGAGGAGCGAUUAUGGCUGCUGAACGAUUGUCUGGCACUUCCGAAAUGACAUUUUCUGUUAAUGUGAAAGAUGGUGGCUCGUUGCCAAAGACAGAUUCUACAACUGUGACUGUAAGAUUUGUAAAUAGAGCAGAUUUUCCUCGAGUUCAGGCUGAACAGCACACUUUCACAUUUCCUGAAAAUCAAGCAGUUGGCACUUUUGUCACUUCAGUUUCUGGAUUGUCAUCGAGAGGCGACUCUUUGUCUUACUAUAUUGCUAGUGGUAAUCUUGGCAACACCUUUCAGAUCGACCAAUUAACAGGACAGGUCACCAUCAGCCAACCCUUAGACUAUGAAGCAAUACAGAAAUACGUCAUCUGGAUUGAGGCGAGAGAUAUGGGCUUUCCGCCAUUUUCUUCUUACGUAAAAUUGGAAAUGACAGUGAUAGACAUAAACGAUAAUGCACCACUAUUUGAACGAGAUCCUUUAAUUUCUGAAGUACUAGAAAACCUCUCACCUUCUAAAAUAAUUACUGUAACUGCUGUGGACAAGGACAGUGGCUCUAAUGGACAGUUAAAUUAUGAAAUUGUCAGCGGCAAUAAGGAGAACAGUUUCAGUAUCCAUCGUACCAAUGGGGAAGUCAGAAGUGUCCGACCUUUAGAUAGGGAGAAUGUGGCCCAUUAUACACUUACUAUCAAAGCUUCAGACAGAGGUGUACCUGUUCAGAGUACCACUGUCCAGGUGCUUAUUAAUGUGUUGGAUGAAAAUGAUAAUGCACCCAAAUUUUCUCAGAUAUUUAGUGCUCUUGUACCUGAAAAUGCACCUUUGGGUUACACUGUAACACGAGUCACAACAUCAGAUGAAGAUAUUGGAGCAAAUGCUGUCAGUAAAUAUUCAAUAAGGGAUACAAGUAUACCUUUUGUCAUAAACCCCAAUACAGGAGAUAUAACAAUCAGCAGACUUCUGAACAGGGAAGAUACAGAUCGCUACAGAAUCCGAGUUUCAGCACAUGACUCUGGGUGGACAGUAAGCACAGAUGUGACCAUAUUUGUAACAGACAUCAACGACAAUUCCCCGCGAUUUACAAAACCGUCCUAUUACUUGGAUUGCCCUGAGCAUAAUGAAGUUGGAUCACGAGUGAUCCAGAUAUCUGCAACAGAUCCGGAUGAAGGAUCCAAUGGGCAAGUCUUCUACUUCAUCAAAUCCCAGUCGGAGUUUUUCCGAAUUAAUGCUUCUACGGGAGAGAUUUUCAAUAAGCAACCUUUAAAGUUCCAAAACUCCAGUGGCCCCAGUAAUGUCAAUCUAAACAGGCACAGUUUCAUCGUUACCUCAUCAGAUCGAGGCAGCCCUCCCUUGCUGAGCGAGACAACAGUCACAAUCAACAUUGUGGAUAGCAAUGACAACGCACCCCAGUUUCUCUUCAGUCAAUAUUUUACACCUGUUACUAAAAAUGUAGCUGUUGGUACCAAACUAAUUAAGGUAACUGCCAUUGAUGCAAAAGACUUUGGUCUAAAUUCAGAAGUGCAAUACAUUAUCUCAAAUGACAACCUAACAGGUAAAUUUGAACUGGACAGUAACACAGGCUGGAUUUCAGUAGCAUCGCCGCUGAGGAAUGAUAUGAAUAAAAACUUUCUAAUAAAAGUAAAAGCAAAGGACAAAGGUAACCCUCCUCUCUCAUCAGAGGUGCCUGUGCAAAUAGUUGUAACAGAGGAAAACUAUCACACGCCAGAGUUCUCUCAAAGUCAUAUAAGUAUAACUGUCCCCGAAAGUCAUGCUGUUGGAGCUAUUCUCAGGACUGUGUCGGCAAGGGACAAAGAUACAGCUAUGAAUGGACUUAUCAAAUACAACAUUUCUUCCGGAAAUGAGGCUGGGAACUUUGCAAUUAACGCGUCUACUGGUGCAUUAAGGCUUGCCAAACCCCUUGAUUAUGAGCUUUGCCAAAAACAUGAGAUUACGGUUAGUGCUGCAGAUGGCGGGUGGGUUGCUAGAACAGGCUACUGUAGCAUUACUAUAGAUGUUAUUGAUGUGAAUGAUAAUUCUCCAGCUUUUAGCCCAGAAGACUACUUUCCGAGUGUUUUAGAAAAUGCCCCUAGUGGAACAACUGUCAUUCGUCUCUCUGCAACUGAUGCUGAUUCCGGACCUAAUGCUGUGAUAGCGUAUGCGGUUCAGUCUUCAGACAGUGAUCUGUUUGUUAUCGACCCUAAUACUGGAAUCAUCACCACCCAAGGCUUUUUAGAUUAUGAAACAAAGCAGAGCUAUCAUCUCACCAUAAAGGCCUUUAACGUUCCCGAUGAAGAAAGGUGCAGCUUUGCUAAUGUCAACAUCCAUUUAAAAGGAGCAAAUGAGUAUGUGCCACGAUUCGUGUCCAAGCUUUACUAUUUUGAGGUUUCCGAAGCAGCUUCUAAAGGCACCAUUGUGGGAGAAGUCUUUGCAAGCGACCGCGAUAUGGGAACUGACGGAGAAGUCCACUAUCUGAUCUUCGGCAAUAGCAGAAAAAAGGGUUUCCAGAUUGAUGACAGCAGCGGGCAGAUUUAUGUCACAGGACCUCUCGACAGGGAAAAGGAAGAACGGAUCUCUCUGAAAGUGCUUGCAAAAAAUGCCGGGAGCAUUCGUGGUGCCGAUAUUGAUGAAGUGGUUGUGAAUAUCACAAUAUUAGAUGCCAAUGACCCCCCUGUUUUCAGCUUCAUGGUAUACAACGUACAAAUCAGUGAAGGCGUUCCUGUUGGGACCCACGUGACAUUUGUAAGUGCCUUCGACUCUGACUCUCUCCCCAGCUGGAACAGGUUUUCCUAUUUUAUUGGCAAUGGAAACAACAACGGUGCCUUUUCUAUUAACCCGCAGACAGGACAGGUUACAGUGACUGCAGAACUGGAUAGAGAAACUUUACCAGUGUACAACCUAUCUGUGUUAGCCAUUGACUCAGGGUCACCAUCAGCAACAGGAAGUGCCUCUUUAUUGGUGGCUUUGGAAGAUAUCAAUGACAAUGGACCCACCCUUUCCACCACUGAAGGAGAAAUAAUGGAAAAUAGCCGUGCAGGGACACUUGUGUUGAAUCUUCAGUCAUCCGAUCCUGAUCUUCCUCCAAAUCAAGGCCCCUUUUCUUAUUACUUGCUUAGCACCGGCACAGGAACCAGUUAUUUCAGUCUCAGCACUGCUGGAGUUCUGACCACAACUAGAGAGAUUGACAGAGAACAAAUUUGUGAUUUCUACUUGUCAGUGAUUACAAGAGACUCAGGCAUUCCUCAGAUGUCUUCCACAGGAACCGUGCACGUAAAGGUAAUAGAUCAAAAUGAUAACCCGUCACAACCCAGAACAGUAGAGAUCUUUGUCCAUUAUUUUGGCAAUCUGUUCCCUGGUGGAACAUUAGGCAAUGUAAAACCUCAGGAUCCAGAUAUUUUAGACAGUUUCCAGUGCUCUCUUACAUCAGGAGUUACAAGCCUCUUCCAUAUUCCAGCAGGCACUUGUGAUUUAAAUUCCCUGGCAAGGUCUACCGAUGGAACAUUCGAUCUCACAGUGCUGAGCAAUGAUGGGCUACACAACUCAGUCACUAGCAGUAUCCGAGUUUUCUUUUCAGGAUUCAGUAAUGCCACACUUGAUAACAGCAUUCUCCUUCGUCUCAGUGUGCAAUCCUUGAGAGAAUUUUUGACCAACCACUACCUUCAUUUUCUGCGAAUUGCCAAUUCACAGUUAACCGGAUUAGGGACUGCUGUGCAACUCUAUGGGGCUUAUCAGGAGAGCAAUCGUACUUUCUUGAUGGCAGCUGUGAAACGGAACAGCUAUCAGUAUGUGAAUCCAGGUGGUGUGACUACCUUCUUUGAAAGCAUCAAAGAAAUCCUUUUCCGUCAAAGCGGAGUUCGAAUAGAGUCUGUGGAUCAUGACUCGUGUUUACAAAAUCCUUGUCAAAAUGGCGGCAGCUGCUUGAAAAAACUGGGUGUGAGCUCUAAGCUACGGAGCCAUGAGAGCAUCCCGGUCAUUGUUGUAGCAAAUGAACCUCUGCGGCCUUUUACAUGUAGGUGUAUGCCAGGAUAUGAUGGCACACUGUGUGAAACAGACAUAGAUGAAUGUCUCCCAUCACCUUGCCACAAUGGAGGGACUUGCCACAACCUGGUGGGCGGAUUCUCUUGCAGUUGUCCCAGUGGUUUUACUGGAAUGGCCUGUGAGAGAGAUCUCAAUGAGUGCCUCUCAAGCCCUUGUAAAAAUGGUGCUCUCUGCCAGAACUUCCCAGGAAGCUUCAACUGUGUCUGCAAAACUGGAUAUACAGGGAAAAUGUGUGACUCCACCGUCAAUUACUGUGAAUGCAACCCCUGUUUCCAUGGAGGAUCCUGUCAAAAUGGAGUGGAGGGAUAUUACUGUCACUGUCCAUUUGGAGUUUUUGGAAAGCAUUGUGAAGUAAAUAGCUAUGGAUUUGAAGAACUGUCUUACAUGGAAUUCCCCAGUAUGGAUCCAAACAACAAUUAUAUCUACAUCAAGUUUGCCACCAUCCAAAGCAAUGCCCUUCUGUUAUAUAAUUAUGACAACCAGACUGGUGAUCGGGCAGAAUUCCUGGCCCUGGAAAUAACAGAGGAGAGGCUGAGAUUCUCAUAUAACCUUGGCAGUGGCACUUACAAACUCACCACAGCAAAGAAGGUGUCUGAUGGACAGUUCCACACUGUUAUUGCCCGGAGGGCUGGAAUGGCAGCGUCCUUGACCGUGGACUCCUGCUCAGAGGAACAGGAACCUGGCUACUGCACUGUUAGCAAUGUGGCUUCAUCUAGCGACUGGACUCUAGACGUGCAGCCAAACAGAGUCACCAUUGGAGGUAUCAGAUCCCUAGAGCCAAUACUUCAAAGGAAGGGACAACUGGAAAGUCACGAUUUUGUUGGUUGCAUAAUGGAAUUUGCAGUCAAUGGACGUCCCUUGGAACCCAGCCAGGCUUUGUCAGCUGAAGGAAUAUUGGAUCAGUGUCCUAGGCUGGAAGGAACUUGUGCUAUUAACCCUUGCCAACAUGGUGGCACUUGUGUGGAUCAGUGGUCUUGGCAGCAGUGUCUCUGCAAAGAAGGACUGACUGGAAAACACUGUGAAAAAUAUGUUACGGCUGAUACUGCCUUGUCAUUAGAAGGCAAAGGUCGCCUUGACUACCACAUAAGCCAGAAAAGGAAAUGGGAAUACAUGAUGAGACGUAGCAUCGACAACACCAUUUUGGAGCCUCAGAGUAGUAUGGAGAGUAUAGAAGUCAAAUUCAGGACAAGGAGUAAAAGCGGAGUUUUAAUUCACAUCCAGGAAAGCAGCAAUUAUACUACUGUGAAGAUCAAAGGUGGCAAAGUACAGUAUAUCUCUGAUGCUGGAGUUGGUGGAAAGGUGGAACGCAGCAUUCCUGAAGCUUAUGUUUCUGAUGGCCACUGGCAUACCUUCUUCGUUGAAAAGAAUGGGAGCUCCACAGUAUUAACAGUCGACAAGACCUACAGUAGAGACGUCCUGCAUAUUACACAAGAUUUUGGAGGACUAAAUGUCCUUAUGAUUUCACUUGGCGGAAUCCCACCUAACCAUGCCCCUAGAAGCAGCAAUCCAGAUUUUGACGGCUGCAUUGCCUACUUUAAGUAUGGGGAUGAAAGUCUUCCCUUCACCGGAAAGCACAGUCUCGCCACCAUCUCUAAAACGGACCCCUCUGUGAAGAUUGGCUGCCGGGGGCCCAACAUCUGUGCCAGCAGUCCCUGCGGGGGCGAAUUGAUGUGCAUUAACCAGUGGUAUACGUACAAGUGUGUGCUUCCCGGAGCCUGCGCCUCCAACCCUUGCCAGAAUGGUGGGAGCUGUGAACCUGGAGAAAGGUCUGGAUUUACCUGCAUCUGCCCAGAAUCUUACACUGGGAGAACGUGUGACACAGUGGUGGCUUGCCUUGGCAUCAUGUGUGCCCAUGGGAAAGUGUGCAAGGGAGAGGCGAAUGGAGCCUAUGUCUGCGUCCCACAGACUUACCCAGCUGAGCUCUCCUUGCCCCUCUGGGCUGUUCCUGCCAUUGUUGGUAGCUGUGCUACUGUGCUGGCCUUGCUGGUGCUGAGCUUGAUCCUGUGCAAUCAGUGCAAGGGAAAGAAGGCCAAAGCACCCAAAGAGGAGAAGAAAGCAAAGGAGAAGAAAAAGAAGGGGAGUGAGAAUGACGCUUUUGACGACCCCGAUAACAUCCCACCCUACGGCGAUGAUAUGACGAUCAGGAAGCAGCCUGAAGGAAACCCAAAGCCUGAUAUAAUUGAGAGGGAAAACCCUUACCUCAUCUUUGAUGAGACAGAUAUCCCGCACAACACAGAAACUAUCCCCAGUGCCCCUCUCGCUUCUCCUGAGACUGAGAUAGAGCACUAUGACAUUGACAAUGCAAGCAGCAUAGCUCCUUCGGACGCAGACAUCAUUCAGCACUAUAAGCAGUUCCGGAGUCACACGCCGAAAUUCUCCAUCCAAAGGCACAGUCCUUUGGGGUUUGCAAGGCAGUCACCUAUGCCCCUGGGGGCCAGCAGCUUAACAUACCAGCCUUCGUACGGUCAAGGCCUAAGGACCAGUUCCUUAAGUCACUCUGCAUGUGCGACACCCAACCACCUUUCUCGUCACAGCCCUGCUCCGUUUUCCAAAUCGUCAACUUUCUACAGAAACAGCCCUGCAAGGGACAUGCAUCUUUCCAUAAGAGAAGGGAGCUCUUUGGAAAUGCACAAUGAUGUCUGCCAGACAGGCAUUUUUAACUACCCCACUCGACUAGGGAGAAGAAGCAAGAGCCCUCAGAUGAUGGUAACUCAUAGUUCCAGGCCCGGAAGCCGCUUAAAGCAACCCAUAGGACAGAUUCCGCUGGAGAGUGGUCCUCCUGUGGGCCUUUCCAUUGAAGAGGUGGAGAGGCUUAACACCCCGCGUCCUAGAAAUCCAAGCAUCUGCAGCGCUGACCAUGGAAGGUCUUCUUCUGAGGAGGACUGCAGAAGGCCACUGUCCAGAACAAGGAAUCCAGCUGAUGGCAUUCCAGCACCGGAAUCAUCAUCUGACAGUGAUUCCCACGACUCUUUUACAUGUUCUGAGAUGGAGUAUGACAGGGAAAAGCCCAUGGUGUACACCUCCAGAAUGCCCAAAUUAUCUCAAGUUAAUGAAUCAGAUGCAGAUGAUGAAGACAAUUACGGGGCUAGGUUAAAGCCUAGGAGAUACCCAGGCCGAAGAGGAGAGGGUGGUGGGCCUGUGGGUGCACAAGCAACUGCACCCAGUGUUCAUGAGAGUACGUCACCUUUGAGACUUGGGCAGCAAGGAGGGAAUUUCAACUGGGACAACCUUUUGAACUGGGGCCCAGGAUUUGGGCAUUAUGUGGAUGUUUUUAAAGAUCUGGCAUCUCUUCCAGAAAAGGCAACCACAAAUGUAAGUGAAGAGAGCAAAAAUGGUACUACACAACUCAAAGAUGGGGAAGCUGAACAGUAUGUAUAGAACUCCAUACUGACAUUGUCAAAAUGCAAAAGCACGAAACUUUCGAGCCAUUCUAUCGUUGUAGAUAAGAGAAGGGCAGAUUUUUU